UUGGUUAUGUUGAUUUAAUGUCAUUUUUGUGUUUUGAUUAAUUACUUGCGAAUUGAUUAACCUUUUAAAGCUAAAAGGGGGGAAGCGAUUUCCUUUUGUAGAAAACCUUCUACCACACCUCAAGCGUUAGAAUGGGAAGAAAAUGUUACGUUCCCGAUUGUCUAUCUGAAGAAGGCAGAUCAGAAGAUAGAGGUGUCACCUUUCAUAAAAUUCCAUUGCAUGCAGACAUUAGGCCAAAAUGGUUAUCCCUGUGUCAUGUAUCUCCGGAUAAGCACAGUUGCAAAGUGAUCCAUGUUUGUUCGAGGCAUUUUCUCAAAGUAGAUUUUUGUCAUUUUAAGGGUAAGAGAUAUAUGCUACGUCAAGGUGUAUUACCUAGCGUUUUCCCUUGGAGUAAAUUAAAAAGGGAGCCCACUGAGUUAACUGUGACCGUCAAAAAGGAAUCCUCGGACCCUGAAAGUAAUUCCGACACUGUGAUCAAAACUGAAAUAAAAGAGGAGCCAACCGAGUUAAUUUCCGAAGUAGACAUUAAAGAAGAAUGUUUACAAGAUGACGCGGGCCAGUCCGAAAUGAAGCCGGAGAAAUCUUCCACGACCAUUGAACAAAAGGGAAAAUCUAUCCAAACCCCUUCAGGCCUACUCAACUUUUCCGUAAAUACUCAAUUGGAAGCUUUGGAUUUUAAUCAGCAGUGGUUUCCCGCCCACAUUGUCGAAGUUGACUAUGAAGAGAACGAAGUUCUGAUUCACUUCGAGAAAUACUCGAGCAAGUACGACGAGUGGAUAAGUAUGAACAGUUCUCGUUUGAGACCUCUUCAAAUUCAACACUUGGAAAUUGACAAAAAGGUAUUAAGUCCGGAAGUGUUCGUCGAAGGCGAAAAGGUGUUGGCGUCUUGGAGUGACGCUAGGAAGUUUCCGGCAACGGUCCGAAAAGUUUUAGAUCACGAUACCUACGAAGUUCUUUUCGUAGACGGUUUCGUAAAGAUACUAAAAGGACACAGAAUAAUGAAGACGCACGGAAAAGUCGGAGAGGCCCCACUAUUCGACCCGGCUAGCGGCAGUAAACAAGAUCGACGUAAUAAAAAACGCAAGAUAAAUGUCGCGCAAUUGUUUCGUAAGCGGUUAAAAACAGGAACAAGUGAGUGCCUGUCACCGCCAUCAGUCAAUAUGGAUGUCAACAGCGGGGAUGAACUGGAAGCAUGGGUGCCAAGGUGGGAGAAUGGAAAGCCGGUAGGCGUGGAGUCGGCCAUCGAAACACACGAUGGACUUAAGAAGUCUAUUAUUGUGCCUGAUCCUCGGCUACCCCCUAAUUGGUCGAAACAUUUAAUGCAGAGAAUUACGGGGGCGUCUGCUGGAAAAUGGGAUACUCUGAUUGUAAGCCCAGAGGGAAGAAGAUUUCGAACGCGUUUAGAAAUCAAUACAUUUUUGGAUGAAAACCCUCAACUCAAUUACAAUGCCAGCAUGUUCAGCUUUUGCCUCUACAGGCGAUCGAAAGGACGCCGUCCAACGCAGACGGCAGAUACACCACCGCAGGAAACUACAUCGGUAACUCCUCCAAAACGUCAAAAUAAGGAGGAUAAUAGCAACAGUUUGAAAAUACUGGUAAUCGACGAUGUGUAUAAAUGUCCAAUUGAGGGAUGCAAUAAAAGUUUUCGCCGCGAGAAUUUGGCCCAAAUGCACGUGAAGCACUAUCACCCGAAAUUCACAAAGUUCCUGGACUCCACGCCUAAUGUCGCAGAUUUGGCGUACGCGCGUACCGUUGGCGAAUCUUUGGAUAAGUCACCAGACAGAUCAUCGGGAAAGUUAACGCCCAGCAGGCCCUUGCAGAAAGCGCCCACCCCGAAAGUUACAACGCCAAAACCUAACGAACCGCACGAAAUUUCGCAGGAGUGUUUCGAUGCGCAAGCGAAUUUAUUGCAAAAAACCAAAGAUUCGGAAAUUUUAAAGUUGCUGAACAGUAAACCAAACGAAGAACCGCCCACCAAGUUGCCGCCCGGCUUACCGUCGGGAAUGUAUCCGCCGAUUAAACUAAAAGAUCUUUUGAACAAAUCUGAAGGAAUACCCAAAGGCGAGGACUUAAAUUUAAAGUCUCUGAGCGCCAGUACGAGUAGGCCUACUGGAAUUAGAACGAUUUUACCCGUCAUCAGAACAGGCGACGCUAAGAAAUCGGAAACCCCCGAAGAUAAUUUACUCAAAAAUAACAUAAAACCUAUCCUGAGGCACAGUUUGAAACGUAAGCGCUUUAUGUCCGAAACCACCGACGCGCCGCCACCGAAAGCGCCCGAACCCGAAGCCCAACCGAACGUUACCGAACAACCCGCGCCAGCCGUCGCCAAUCCAAAUUACAUCGUCGAGGGCGGCGAAGUUAUAAAAAUCGUCCGAAUGAAGCGCGAGGAGAUUAUAAAUUGCACGUGCGGCAUCACGGAGGAGGACGGUCUGAUGAUACAGUGCGAACUGUGCCUAUGCUGGCAGCACGCUUACUGUAAUAAUAUCGAACGCGAAAACCAGGUGCCCGAGAAGUACAUCUGUUACAUCUGUCAGAAUCCGAUGCGUCAGCGCUCCUCUCGAAAGUAUUUCCACGAUCAGGACUGGCUUAAAAACGGCGUACUUCCGGUGGGGAAUUACCAUUGCAAGGACGAAGAGGCGCAUAAGAAGCGGUUCGAGUUGCUAAAGAAGUCGUUCGACUUGAGCGGACUGCUUGUCGAGCUCCGCGAUUAUAUGCAUUCGGUUAAAGUGAAGUUGAAGAUUGCGCAGACGAGCAAUCAUCAGAAGCUGUACUUGUGGUCGAAACCGUGGGACAAACUUCCCCUACCCGAAAAGUCGGAUCAUCAGCAGGAGAACGACAUUUCAUUUACCAAGAGCGAACUGGACUUGCUCGCGACCAAAAUCGAAUCUCCGAACGAUUCCUCCUUUCUCUCUUUAUUAAAAUCGCCUAAAUCCGAGCAAAAGAUUAAAGAGGAACUGUCGAAGCUAGACCUGAAUUCCCUUAUGGAAAACAGCUUCGAGCUACCGCCUCCGAUUGCGCCGCAACCUGAGGCCGCGAUUAACUCGGUCGAUUGUAAGUUGAAUUUGCUAGAUCAUAUAGCGCAUUCGCAGAAUUUGAUUGAGGAGCGUUUGGAAAUGGUGCAAUCGCAAGUGGAUGCCUUGGACGGGGGCGAUAAUAAUAGCGAGGAGGACUUCAGUCUUGUGUGUAAAACUGUUCAAAUGUUGAGGAAGGAUUUGGAAACCCUUCAAGAGUUAAGUCAAAGUAGUAGUUUGUAGGUUUGUUGCGUAUCUAUUCAUUAUAAUAUCGUUACAUAGA